AUCAAGCACCUAGGUAUGCAGACUGCUUCUACAAACGUUUGUAAAAGAAUGGGUCGCUCUCAGGAGCUCAGUGAAUUCAAGCCUGGUACUAUGAUAGGUUGCCACCUGUGCAAUUAGUCCAUCCAUGAAAUUUCCUUGCUACUAAAUAUUCCACAGUCAACUGUUAGUGGUAUUAUAAUAAACUGGAAGCAAGUGAAAAAAAAAACAGCAACUAUACCACAAAGUGGUAGGACACGUAAAAAUGACAGAAUGGGGCCAGCACAUGCUGAAGCGAACAGUGCGCAGAUGUUGCCAACUGUCUGCAGAGUCAAUAGUUAAAGACCUCCAAAUUUCGUGUGGCCUUAAGAUAAGCACAACAGUGCAAAGAGAGCUUCAUGGGAGCCGAGCAGCUACAUCCAAGCCAAUAAUGAAUCAAGCUUCACUGUCAAUCCAAUGGACAUGUCUGGGUUUGGCGGUCGCCAGGAGAACAGUACUGUCCUUACUGCAUUGUGCCAAGUGUAAAGUU